CGUCAGACGCGUUGCAAUUAAGAAAUACACCAGCUGUUAGUAUAGAAGUACACGACUUACUGUCCGUUUACUAAUUUCUAUUUUAAUUAGUUUUUCUUCAUAGAAAAGUAUUAUUUUUGCUACAGACGAUUUAUUUUUUUUUAUCAACGUUCCGUUGAUUACAUGGAAAUAUAUUCCAAUAAGCCACUUUCUUGCAGGGAUUGACUUUCUACUGAUUAUUUGAACGAAAAGCAAUGAAUGAGCAAAUGAAUAUUCAUUGUGACAACGAAUAAAUUUCCAACAAGAGUUCAAACAAAUAUUAAAUAAAGAGUAGUCGUCAGCAUAAUAACUAUCGUAAAAGUAUGUAUAUAUAGGUAGAGAUACACAACUCUCUUCUCACACUGUUUUUAAUAAUAUCUGCUGAAUUUGUUGAAUAUACACAUGCCAAAAGACAACUAUGUUACCUCGGUUAUCGAUAUUCUCUCAAAUGUAAAAACCACAAUAAUUUUUUUCUAAUAAUACAUUGGUCGUCGCAAUGAAUAUUCAUUUGCUCAUUUAUUGAUUUUCAAGUAAUCUUCUUUUCCAAAUAAUCAGUGAAAAGUAAAUCCCUAUACAAGAAAGUGGCUAAUUGCGAUAUAUUUCUAUGUAAUCAACGGACAGUAAAUUCUCUGUAACAAAAAUUAUACUUUUCUAUGAAGAAAAACUAAUUGAAAUAGAAAUUAAUCAACGGACAGUAAGUCGUGUACUUCUAUACUAACAGCUGUUGUUUUUCUUAAUUGAAACGCGUCUGACGCUCAUGAACAGAAAAGAUGCUUCAAUAUUUGUACACUAAGGGCAGCUAUUUGUAUUCGGUAUUUCUUCAAUUGUUGGAUAAUGAGUUCUUUCUGCGAUUGUUUCACACACGACUAGGCAUGCACCAGUUUUUAACUGAUGUUGGGGCAUCCGGGAGAAUUGCCACAAAUCAGUUAUCACGAUUCUUUCAGAGUUGCAAAAUAUCUAAUUUUGUAGAAAAAUGUUUGCUCUACAAAAUGCAUUUGUUAAAAGAAUUCCAGAAUCAUUUCUUAGAAAACUUAGAGCAUUUUAAAAUGUACUAAAUUACGAAAAAAAACUGUUCGAACAGUUUUUUCUCCGUGAUUUAAUGUAUUUUUGAAUACUCCGAGUUUUCUUAGAAAUGAUUCUGAAAUUCUUUUAACAAAUGCAUUUUGUAGAGCAAACAUUUUUCUACAAAAUUAAAUAUUUUGCAGCUCUGAGAGAAUCGUGAUAACUGAUUUAUAGCAAUUCUCCCGAAUGCCCCAACACCAGUUAAAAACUGGUGCAUGUCUACACGCGAUCUCACGUUCCAUCCACCAAAAACUACACUGUUCUGUGCAUUCGCGCACCGAUUCUGAUUCUUUUCGUCAGCAAAAGGGUUUUAACGUCUGGUCAACAGACUAUUCGUAAAAACUACACAAACACUGACUUUUUUGAAAUGCUAUUUACGUUUAUUUGUGUACUUUUUCUGUUUCUCACGGUAAAGACCCCCAAACCUAGCCCCAAAUUAUGCCAGUUUGUCGAGUAUGUUAAGUACUAUGUAUCUUCAAGAAAUUUCAGCGGUUCUAUGAGUAUUGUUGAAAUUAUGAAUUUUUGAACGUUGGUCUUUGGUCAAUAUUUUCGGUUUAACGACUGAUUUUCGAUAUCUGAAAAGUCGUUCAGAUCCAAUGAUAAAAAUUUGGUUAAGUAUGUUUAGAUGCACAAUUAUUCAUAGUUAUUAUGAAAUUAAAAACGGAAGAAAAAUUUCUAUCUAAUAGACGUUUUAUAAAUUUUUCUCUAAAACUGAUGCCAGUUCAAUGCAGUCUGGUCGUUUGCAUUAUCUUUUUCUUCAACCCCUCUUGCUCAAAUAUAACCAAUAAUAUAUCAUUCGAAUGAGUUACUCAAGCACUACAAAAUCUUGUAUUUUGUUUUUUAAUUUGUCACGGAUGUGGAAUUUUUUCGAGAUUUUGUCAUACAUGCGCUUAUAUAUGAAUUAAAAGCCCGUAUAUUAUUCAAUAUGGAGUCGAAAUAGAUUUGACUGGAGUUUUUUGGCAGACCAAUUGUCGAAAAAUCUUUUUUGCAACUUACUUAUAAACAUAGGAACAUGCCUAAUUCGAAAAUAUCUCUGCUCAGGUCUUUUCCGUUACCGAGAUAGGAGGCAUUAGUCGUAAAAUAACUACCUUUUCUGCCGGCUACUUAUAAUCAUACCUUUAUGAAAAAAACAACCAUAAGUAGCUCGCGUACAGUAUCGAGACAUCUUACUAGGUGCGAGCUUACUUCUCAUUGGUAGAAAUCGUGAAAAAAUGGAAAGUCCGACAUGGUUAAAACUGGAAAAAGUCCAAAAUUUGGAAAAUUUGCGCGCUCUCCCCAUCCAUGGAAGACGUUUUUAUAAAAUUAAAACUGCCAGAUAAUUUAAGUACAAACUUACAGCUGCCUGAGUAACCAAUUUCACCAAAAAAUCUUGCCUUUGAAGCAAUAAAUAAGAGUCAGUUUCUAGGAAAUAAUGUUUCUUAUCUCGGCAACGGAAAAGACCUGAGCAGACAUAUUUUCGAAUUAGUCAUGUCCUGGUGCUUAUAAGUAAGUUGCAUAAAAGAUUUUUCCUCAACUCGUCUGCAAAAAAGCUCCAGUCAAAUAUAUUUCGACUCCAUACCAUUAUUAAAGAAGAACGCCGUUGGCUAUUUUUUUAAUAACUUUUGAAUAAUGCACUUUGAAGACUUGCGGUUUUCAGCAUUACAUAAAAGAGAUAAUUAGCUACUAGUUGACAUAAAAAUAACUCAGAACAUACCGCCUGUAGGUGAUAUUCCUUAUUAGUCUUUGAAAGAUAGGUCAUGGUUCCAAGAUCUACUAGAAUGACCCCUGUAUUUCUCAUGGAUAUAUGAUAGUCUAAAAUGCCCUUUAUAAAAUGGGAAUUAGGCGAUCUCUUAAUCUUUUGUGGAUUAGACGCGGCAUCGGAUUUUCUCGAAGUUCCAAGAUCGAUGGAAAAAUGGAGUAUCCAUUACGCUGAGUAUCGUGGCAGUGUUUAUUUCUCGAAAAAAAUUCAAAAAUCGAGUGAAAACCUAUAUCAGCCGAAGUCGCUCUUGCAUGGAAUUUUACCACUAACUUAUGCACGCAUUUCAAAAACAACGAAGCAUUUUGAGGAAAACUUUUCGCUGGCAAAGGUAUUCAGAAUAAUUCUCUUCAUACCAUAAGUCGAGCACUUUUUUUGUUUUAGUGGGAAAAUUUUGGAAUAAAUGCAAUUUACAUAAAUGUUAAGUUAAUUUAAAGCUCAACAUUUUUUAUUUCUAAUUUAUUUUAAAAUUUUCCCACUAAAACGAAAAGGCGCUCCGCUUAUGGUAUGAAAAGGAUUAUCCUGAACAACUUUAUCGGCGAAAAGUUUUCUUCAAAAUGCUUCGUUGUUUCUGAAAUGCGUGCAUAAUUUUCAAAAAAUUACUUUAAGGGCUUAAACUGCACUAGAAUGAAAAUUGUUAACUUUCUCAGACUCAGUUAGUUCAGUUCUCAUUAUAACUUGUGGGUAUAUGUUACUUAAUGUGCGCUGUCGCCCUGCGUAACAAUAAGAGUUUCAGCUUUAAUUUUGAAUUUUUUUAUAAAUAUUUUAAACAGAGGAUCAAAAUCAUAUUCAUUUCUCUGCAGUUACAAGUCUGUUCAUCGAAAGAACUUCAGGGUAGUUGUAUAUACAACCUGUAGCGCUCUACAAAGUUAUGAAAAAAAAACGGGAGUGGGGUUACCCUUCUUAAGCAUGGUUGACUAAAAUUAACCAAGCUAAUAAAAGUUAUUCCUAAUAACAAAAAAUGAACUGUAGUAAUACACGAUAACUAAAAAAUACUCUGUACUAUAUACAAAUCUCUUUGUUUACCAAAUCAUCAGCUACAAAAUCACAUAAAUUUCUUAUUAUCAUUUCAGCUCAUACUGACUAUGAAUCAAGUCCAUACAUUGAUCUAAAACAACUUCUCGAAUCAGAUAAUAGCGCAUAUCUCCAGACAAUUCAGGAAGAUCUUUUCGAUUCGGACGAAAAAAAUAUACUUUCAACUUGGUUCGAUGUAGUUCAUGUUCCUGACGCAAAAAAUGCAUCGUUACUUGAUCCAUCAUUUAAUACAAUAAUUUCUGAAUCAUUAGAUGCAAAAAAAAUGGUUUCAAUUAUUAAUGGACAAGAAACAAUAACACCGUAUAUUAUAGAUAGUCUUAAACGUUAUCAUGCAUUAUGUGAUAUUCAAGAUGUGUUUCCAACAUGUUUAGAUUUACAAAAUAAUACAGAAAAAUUAGAAUUAUUUAUUGAUUCAAUUACAAAACGUAUUCUAUUAAUAAUAGCUAUUGAAUGUAUGUCAAAUGAAAGUCAAUAUUUUUUAGGUAAUUUUAUACGUAAAAAUGAUUUACCGAUACCAUUAUCAUAUUAUAUAUGGAAUGAAAAGUAUCAAGAACCAUUCUAUAAAAUUAAUUUUAAUUGUUUAACAGAAAUAUUAUGUUUGACAGAUGAUAGAUUAAUAAUACAAUUAGGUAGUAAAAAUUGUAUUGGUUUAGGUAAAACAAGUUUAUUACCAUAUAUAUUUAAUGAUAAACGAAAAGAAUCAUUAUCAAAUGAUGGUAAUAUAAAAUUUCGUUCAUCAUGUAUUGAUGUAUUAUUUUCUAAUGCACAAAAUAAAUCAUAUGUUAUAUUUGAUGUACAUGGUACAAUACAUAAUGAAUAUAAUUUAGAUUUAAUACGUUCAAUACAAUUAUAUGCAUCUUGUCAAAUUAUUUAUGUAACAAAAGAUGAUUUACCAUCAAUAAAUAAUGAUGAUAAUUUUAUAAAUUUAAUAAUGAAUUAUUCAUUAGAAACAUGUAAAAUUCCAACAAUAAUUGUUAUAUUUGUUCAAAAUUAUGAUAAUGAAUCAUCAUCAGAUCAACAAUUAAUUAAUCAAUUUCAAAAUUAUUAUGCAAAUGAAACACAAUGGCCACAUAUAUAUUGGACAACAGCACCAAUAUUUAAUUCAUCAUUAAUAAAUCAAAAUUUAAAUACAUUUAAAAUUAAACGUCGUGCUAAUCGUUUAAUACCAACAUUUCGUAAUAUAUUUAUAGAAAGUGAACAAUAUAUAGAACAACAAUCAUUAUUUCGUUCAUCAUUUUCAAUACAAACAACUUAUUUAAGAACAAAAAAAAAUUGGCAACAAUCAAAACUUAAUUUAAAAUAUGAAAUUGAAAAUGAAUUAAAACAAUUAUUUGAACAUUUAUCAGAUAAAACAGAAAAUUUAUCAAUUGUAACACCAUUAAGUUAUUUACGUGCACAAAUAAAUAUAAUAAAAAAGAAAUUAUCUGAAGAUAUUGAAUCAACAUUAGGAUCAAAAUUAGGUUUAGAAUUAAAAGAAUUAGAAAAUAAACGUAAAACAUAUACAACAUUUACAUCAUAUACACAAUUUAUAAUUAAUUUAAUUAAUAAUAAAACAUAUAUAGAAUUAUUAAUAACAGAUAAAUAUUUGGAAAAAUGGCGUUCAUUAUAUGUACCGAAUUUAAAAUUAGAAAAAGAAAAGAAAAAACAAUUAAUAUAUGAACAUGAUAAAAAUAUAAAACGUUUAGAAGAUCAAAUUGAUUUACAAAAUAAAAAUGGUAAAAAAUUUGAUUAUGAACAAACAUUAAAAUAUUUAAAUCAAUUACGUAAUGAAGCAAUAGAUUUAAAAAAUGAUAUAGAAAAACUUGAUUUAAAAUUAUCUAAUGUUGAUUUAACAAUUGGUUUAUUUAUUGAUGAAUUAUUUGAAUUAUAUGAUUAUU